CAGUUCGUGCCGAAACGUCGUGUGGGUGAGUUGUCGUCGUUCACCGUUCGUUGUCGCCGUCGUCGCGUCGUCGUUUUAACGUACGCGUGCGUGCAACGCUUUUGCAAAUUGUAAAUGUAUGUGUGUGAGAGUGUUUUGCCACAAUUAGAAGUAACGGUGCGAAGGUGAAACUGGAAAAUCAGCGAAGCGUCAAUAUUCCCCCGCGCCAAGUGUAACAUCUUCAACUUGCAACUCGAGUCAGCAAUUUGUUUUUUAUUGUUUUCAUUUACCUGUCGCUUUGCUGCAACAAGUGCCGCGUGCAAAUGAAUCGCGAAUUAAGAAAAUAGUAAAUACUACAUACAUAUGUAUAUUUAAUCAAACAAAGUUCUCGCAGCAACAACAACGCCAGUCUAAACCGGCUUAGUCAUAUUGGAAUUCUUAGAACUGUUCCCCCCAACAAUACAAGUGGAUGAAUAAACGUCACGAAGAGAAUCGGCAACUGUGAGAAAUAUCUAACUAUCUUGCAGACGCGCGUGUGUGUGUGUGUGCGCGCGAGAGUGUUUAGUGUAUGUGUGUAUCUCAGCUGUUAUACUGCAAGUGCUGCCACCUCCGCCUCCCCUUCCCCCACACAACAACUGCACGUCUGCAGUUUAAAUUGCGUAUACUUAUUAGGUAUUUGCUCUGGCCAAAGGCGCGAUAAGAUACUAAAAAAGACUUGAACUGAACAGCGCGUUCAACGUUCUGCGUUCGGUUUUGUGUUUAUCUUAUCGGGCGCGGGUAAGACCAUUGAUUGGGGCCUUUUUUCGCCAGAAACGUACACAGAAUGCCGGGUGAAGUCAUUUGCGCAGCGACUAAGCCACAAGGAGCGCCAACUAGAUACCAUAUCUAAGCAGCAAUAAUAACAGUUGGAUUCUGAUUGGGAUUCAGGCUGCCAAAGUGCUGCCAAGUGUUGUGCGCAAAAAAAAAGUGCAGAAUAACCAGCCACGCAAUCUCUGGCUAAAUUUGGACACAUACACAAAAUACCAAACAAGGCAUUGGCCACAUAAAUCAACUGCAACUGCAGUUGCAACAUCAUCAAACAUCAGGUGGCAACGGGCAACGGGCAACGGGAAGAACAGAAGCAACUGCAAAAAUGGACAUAGAAUCCGAUUCAGACACCUGGGAGGACUUUUUUGGCAGCACCACAGACUUGGCACCAUCGCUGCUGGGGUUUUAUGACACACUGAACAGCAGCUUGGUGGUUGGCGGCGGUGCAGCGAGCAGCAAGACUGAGCACCACACAGUUGCAGCAGGCAAUCAAACUAGUGGCGAGUCAACACCUAAGCGCAGCAAUAGCAACUGCAGCAGCAGCAGCCACACGAGCAACACCAGCAACACAAGCAACAACAGCAACCACAGCAGCGACAAUCACUCGGGCAGCUACACGCUUGACUCGGAGGCAAACUCCCACUUGGUGGCAACAACAACAACAAUAACAACAUCAGUAGGCACAGCAACAGCGACAUCGCCACCUCAGGUGGUUGCAGGUCUGCGUGAUGAGGCUGAUGGCGUGCAGCUGAGUCGCUUUGUGCAGCGGCGUCAGGAGCUGGGCAGCAGUCACAGCAUCGCCUCAAGUGGCAGCAGCACUGGCAGCUCAAACUCACGGCGUGGCAACAACAUACGCGUGCUUUCGCCGAAUGUGCAACGCAUCAUUACACACUCUGAUGCGGAGCAUGUGAAUGCCGUUGAUAUUGAUGCACUGCAACAGCCGCAGCCACAUCUAUUGCAUCCCUUGCAACGCAGUCCGACGCCAGGACGUUAUGGCAAGGCCUCAACUGCGCCUACGAAACUGAAGCUAUCCCAUUUGCCGCUCUCGAAGAUCGCGGGCAAACUGUCGACGCAGUCGGGCAGCGAUUUGGUUGCCGCACUCGAUGCCAGCAACGAGUACAGUGGCUCACGAAAAACAGCGGCUGUGGAUGAGGAUAAGACGCCAACCAAUAAAGCGGCACCUGGCACUCCAUUCCACUUCGAGGGUCAACCGUUUGCCAAACUGAAAUUGCCGCGCUACGAAUCACAGCAGAGCAUCAAACUGAUAGAAAUGGAGCAACUGGCAGUGACCAGUACACAACUGGCGGCGCCAUCAACGCCGCCUCGGCCCAAGGAAUUCGUGGUGGCGAGUGAGCCGCUGAGUCCCGAACCCUUUGUGGACACUAUCAACUUUGAUCUGGUGACACAGCACAUGGAGCAGCUAACGCUCUUGGAACUCGAACUGUCCGAGAACGAUGCAGUUACCUGCAGUCAGCUGGUGGAGGCCAUCAACAAGCCGCUGAUUAGCAAGCCACUGGUGCGCAGUGUUUCGGCUCCUCGAGCCACAAGCAACUCGACAUCGCCACUUCAGACUUAUGCGCGCACCAAGCUCAAGAGUCAGAGCAACAACAAUGGCAACAACAACAACAAUAACAACAACAAAGCAAGCACCCUGGGCGGUGGCAUGCCACUGCGGCUGCCCACAGCCGAGCAGCUCGCUGAGCUGGAGGAAGCCAACAAGUUGUCGGCCGAGAGUCUCGACACAUUGACAGACAUCAAGCCGAAGUUUGCGGUGCGUCUAAGUGAAUUGGCGCGUCUCACGAGUCGUCCGCUGUCAUCGUCCUCCAUUUGCUCGACAUCGUCCAGCUCCAGUUCUGGGUCGGAUCAAUUGCUGAAUGGCAAGCUGACAACCACCUCGUAUCUGGCCAGUGUGGAGAGUCUGGCCGAGAGUGAGAAUGAGCUGGGCGAUCAUCAUCAUCUGCACCAUCAUCAUCAUCAUACGGCAGCGAUGAGCGUGCUGGAACGCGCCUGCCUUGAAAUUGUGGACUCGGAGCGGAGUUUCGUCGAGGAUCUCGGUCAGGUGAUCAAAGGUUAUCUGCUGGACUGGAAGGAGCGAGCCUGUUUGCGUCUGGACGAAUUGCAAAUUCUCUUUGCGAACAUUGAAGAGAUUUACGAAUUCAAUUCGAUACUGCUGCAGCAGCUGAUCAACUCGGGCAUGGAACCGGCCAAAAUAGCCAAAUGUUUCAUAGAUCUACGUGAACGCUUUGAUGUGUACACAACCUACUGCACAAGCUACCCGGAAGCCAUCUCGCUGUUGACCAAACUGCUGCAGGCCAAGCACACGAAUUCGCUGCUUGCCUCCACGCAGAAGCUGCUGCAACACCGCCUGCCACUUGGCUCAUAUCUGCUGAAACCGGUGCAACGCAUUCUCAAGUACCAUCUGCUCCUGGACAGCCUUCGCAAGCAUUGCGAUGUCAAGGAGGUGGCCGAGGCGUAUGCCAUAAUGCGCCAGGUGGCCCACAAUAUUGAUCAGGUGAAGCGCAAGCAGGAGCAACAGAGUCGCGUUAAGGAGUUAUCUGGCAUACUGGAUGGCUGGAUGGGACCAGAUCUCAGCGUGCUACGUGAGCUGCGGCACGAGGGUCUGCUGAUGGAGCAACACAACAAGCCGCGUCAGGUGUUGCUCUUUGAGACGAUGCUCAUCAUCACCAAGCAGAAGGAAGACGGACGACUGCAGUUCAAGAGCCUCAUAACACAAAAGAACCUGAUGCUUAGCGAACAUUUGCCAGGCGAACCGACCAGCUUCUAUGUUAUACCCUUCGAUGAGCCGCGCAAUCAAAUCAAGUUGACGGCCCGAAAUCGUGACCAGAAGCGUAUCUGGACGCAACACAUUAAAGGUGUUAUGCUCGAGGAGCUCGACAUACCCACGCGGGCCAAGGAACUUGUCUACCAGCUGGGCAACGAGGAAGAUCGCACUCCCGAUCGCAGUACUUGGAAGUGGAGUCUGCAUUCCAGCAGUAACUCUACGCCCACUUAUUUGGAGCGACGAAAUGCAUGUCGCCGCAGUGAGAUACGUCAGCGUAACUCCAAGUUCAAGAGGAAGACAGUGACCAACUCCAGUUCUUUUGACAGCUUUAAUGAAUCGCUGGAACAGCAGGACCAACCGGUGAAGCCUUCUAAGCCUCUGUCUCGCAACAACAGUCUGGAUGAUACGGCGCUUCAGAAAUUGGCCGCUGCAGUUCGAUACCGCAGUGGGAAGCGGGACUCGACGGAUGCCAAGACGAGUCCUAGCAAGGAGCACUGCAAGUGCUCUGAGCCGGAGCAGUGUUUGUGUAUUCUGCGCGAUCAACGCAGCCGCACCAAGUCCCAGAGUCCAGUAUUCAGCUACAAGGCCCUCAAGGAGCGCAGCAAGUCAGUGCCACGCAUUGGGGAAUUUAGCCUGGACGAGCGGCCGGAAGCGGAUGACGAUAGCGCUGCCUCGUUGCGCGGCAGCAAGCCGGAUCUGAGCGAACGCAAGACGAAGGGCAAGGGCUUCUUUGAGGUCAAACAGUAUAACCACAAGACUAUGCCCAAGCGUAUUGCAACGCUGAAGAAGCAACGCUGUAGCCGCAAGGAGAGCUGCUCCAAGUUCUAUAUGGAUCUCAGUGAGUUUGAUAGCACCGUGCUAAAAAUAACCGAGUCUACGGAGGAUCUCGAGCUGGCUGAGGAGGCACAAGAGACGUGCGUGUCCGCCUCCGAUAUUCUCGAUAUGUCGCAGCGACAGUAUUAUGAGGAACAAGUAGAGAUGGCAACGCUGUCGCCGGUAGAGAAAUCUAAGCGAGAUGCAGAGAUUGUGCUGGAUCUGUUGAAAAACAACAAGGAAUUCGAGCGGAUCUAUAACAAGAACAAGCAGCAAAAGAUGCGACGCGACAGUAGUCAGGCAAUCACGCCGCUGAGUCCACAAAGUCCUGCACAGGAAGGACCUCCAUUGCCGCCCCGCCCGCCAUCACGUUCUCCGCCGCCCCUGGAAGCCGAACAAGAGCAGGCUAAGCAGCAGCAACAGCGCGAGGAGCAGGAAGAACCCAUCUAUGAGACGCUGCUGCGCAAUGUCCAUGUGCCCUACAAAUUUUCCCCUAUAUUGGGACGUGCCAAGUCUGUGCAAUAUUUCAAGCCACGCGAGAAACGUCCACCCGCACCGCGUCCCGAAUCGGACUAUGUGACGCUCGUCUAUUCGCCGGAAGGAGUGCUGCAGCUCGUGGGCGAAGAUGCAGUGCAGCAGCGUGACAGCACUGGCUCCGAAUCGAGCUCGGGAUCAACGGUCAAGCGUGACAGCCAAUCAACUGUCAUUAACCUGAGCUUGGAGUCGACGGGACAAACCGAACGUGACGAUGACCCGAAUGAGGCGCUCUAUGCUCGUCCCAUACCAAAGAAUUUAAUGAAGCGUCUGCUGAGUAAUGGCAAUCCUGGUUCUGGCAGCAAGCCAACUCUGGAGAAUGUUAGCCACUCGGAGAUCUCAUUGCUGCCGCGGGCCCUCAAGUCCAUUGAUAAUCUUAGCAUGGCCUUUGGUCGCAGCAAUCGUCCGCCGGAGCGACGUGUCUCCGAUGUGAGUGAAAUGUGUCGCCAGAGCAUCUUGCAUCGUCAGGGCAGCGAGGCGGUGGGUGAGCGUAUGGCCCAUGUGGACUAUGCGGAUCCCAAGACGCUCUUCAGCAUUAUUGCCAGCUCGGAAGCAUCGCUGCAGCGCGACUCCGUCUUCUCGCUGACCUCAUCGUCCUGUACAUCCAGUGACAGCAUGUGCGAACAGCAGCGCAAACGCCCUGCGGCCGAGCUGCCCUCGUCUAGCUUUGAGUAUGAGCAGCAAGUGGAGGAUAGUCUAGAAAAUGAUUUUCGCGAUUCAGCCAUUUACAGCGAUGACAAUAAUGAGAAGCGCAGCACUGACUACGAACUGAAGAGACCUCGCAGUCCGCCACCACCGCCCCCCAAUGGUGGGUGCCAACAUCAUCAUGGUCCACCGCAAAUAGCACCGAAGCCGUCUAAGGCCGCUCUACAGGAGCUAAUUGGCCAGCAUCCGGGAACCAUCUUAUGUCCGCCGCACCUCAGUCAGGCAGCAUCUCGCAGUUGGGUCCUCCAGCAGAUUGAGAAUUUCAACAAGUAGACGGGAAGGGCAAUCGUGAAUCGUAAAUGCUUAUUGCUAAUUGCCAAUUGCCAUAUUCUAUUCGUAAUUCGUUUUGUAAUUUUUGUAUAUAAACUAUGCAUAAGUAUACACUGUAUACUAUAUGUAAUAUAAUAUAAUCUUGAUCUAGCAAAUUAAAAUAAGUAUUAGUAUCAAGCAUAUAUACCUUAUGUGUGUACCAUUUAUCUACAUAUAUUUUAAUUCGACUGUUUUGCAAAGUUAAGCUUAUAGUCACUUAAUAGUUAUUAUAAUAAAAAAUCCGUC